AUGGGCAAAACUUCUCGUGAUAAACGUGAUAUUUAUUAUCGUUUGGCAAAAGAGAAUAAAUGGCGAGCACGAAGUGCAUUCAAAUUGAUGCAAAUCGACGACGAAUUCCAUAUUUUGCAAGGAGUCACCAAAGCCGUGGAUCUUUGCGCAGCUCCAGGUAGUUGGAGCCAAGUUCUAUCGAAAAGACUUUACGAGGUUGACAGCGAUGCCAAAAUUGUGGCAAUCGAUCUCCAGCCGAUGGCUCCGAUUCCGGGGGUGAUUCAGCUCAAAGGUGACAUUACCAACGUGGAAACCGCCGAGAAAAUCGCUGAAUAUUUUUCUGGUGAGAAAGCUGACAUUGUGAUCUGCGAUGGAGCGCCAGAUGUCACCGGCAUCCAUUCGCUCGAUGAGUUCAUGCAAGCUGAGCUCAUCUUGGCCGCCUUCAACAUCACUUCAUUUGUGCUCAAACAGGGCGGUGUGUUUCUGGCGAAGAUUUUCAGGUCUCGCAACUCGUCGCUUCUUUACGCGCAACUUCGGAAAUAUUUCAAAAAGGUUUAUCUGGUGAAACCGCGCAGCUCGCGUCAGUCGAGUUGCGAGGCAUUCAUUUUGUGCAUGGAUUUCUUCUUCCCGCCGGGUUUCACGCCGACAAUGCAGAGAAUAAGCCUCGAUUUCGACAACCCGUUGGAGGUGCUUCCAAACGUGAUCGAUGGAUUUGUGACGUGUGGCGAUCUUAGCGGAUGGGAUAGCGAACAAUCUUAUCCAUUGGACAUCGACACCUCAUAUCCAAGAGGUGGUGUUAGAGGAGGAUUAGGCAAUUACGAAUUCGUCGAUGUUGUUCAGCCGCCAACCGAGCCCGCUUACAAAGAGGCGCUGGAAAUGAAGAAGACUGGGGUGUUGUCGAAAAUGGAGAACGAUUUGAACAAGGCGCUUCGCGAGAAGAAUCGCAUUGAGGCUCAGCGCAAGCAUCGCGAGAAGAAUGAGGCGAACGCUAGUGCAAAGGUGGAGCAGGUUGGAGAAGCCCUAGCCAACACUAAAUUGUGA